AUGCCUCUGCAGAAACACAACAAUAGCAGCAGCUCGCGCUCGUCGCCCUCUGGCUUCCACCCCUUCGGCGGCCGCGUGUCGAGACACUUCGGCGAUUCGCUAUCGCCAGAAGACGCAUACCUCAGCUAUUACGAUGUGCGACUGACGCGCGAAGACGUGGACUCGAUCAAGGGCGACUGGCUCACAGACAACGCGAUAUCCUUCUGGCAGGAAUACCUCGAGCGCGAGAAACUCACUCACUACCCGCAAGCGCACAUCGUCCUCCUCAGACCCUCCAUGAGCUUCAUGCUGCAGCAGACGCAAGAUCCACUCACAAUCAAGACCGCACUACCAGACUUCACGAAAACGACACAUGUGUUCCUGCCAGUCAACGACUGCCGUAACGCAGCCGUCGCGGAGGGUGGUUCGCAUUGGUCCCUCUUACUGGUCUCGAUCAUUGACGGGGUUGCCUUUCACUACGACUCACUCGGUGACUGCAAUUACGACGAUGCCAGGCUAGUCGCGUACAAGAUCUCACAAUUACUCGGCAAGCCACUCAAGUUCAUCAACCUCGAAGACUCGCCUCGGCAGGACAACAGCAUGGACUGUGGAGUGUUCGUGUGUCUGCUCAUGCAACACUUGCUGAUCACGCGGCUGCUUAAGGCACAUGCGCAGGACAAGAUCUCCAUGAGCAUGCGCGGAAAGGAGGUGGAUGCAUACGGUGGUAGGAAGGAAAUGAUGCGCAUCAUCGACGCGAGGCGGAAGGAGGGCGAGCGACGAAGAUCUCGCAGCCACAGUCCGAACGUGUCGCAGUCAAAGUCGAAGAGCCCGCCUCGCAUUGGUGCCGAAAACGAUGGUGCUUAG